AUGCCGCUCGUCUCCGGCGCCCAGCGCAAUCGCGGCCGUCCACGGCCCUCCUCGCCAUCGCGCCCACAGCAGAACAGACGCACCACCCGCCUACCAGACUACGAGCCUCCGUCCUUCCCGCUAGACCGCACCUCGCAGAGGGAAUUAGCCGAACUCUCCAACAACACAGACACGCGAAGAUACGAAGAGCAACUCAAGCAGUCCAUCACACUGCUAACCGACAAUGUGCGCGACAUCAACGACCGUUACGUCAAGAAGAAGCACGAGUUAGACAAGCUGAAGAGGCAGAAAAGGAACCAAAGCGAAGAUGUCGGGGAAGAUCCAGAAAUAAAACAACGUGGCCAUGCCGGAGAAGCUGCAGUUGCGCGUCUCCGUGAUAUGGUGCCCGAUCUGACGGUCGAGUGUGACACUGCUGUGCGUGAGGUCAUAGAUCUCCGUGUCGAGCUCGAAGACGGCAAACAAGCGAUACAAGACACGGUCCGCAAGGUCGAAGCCGAGAGUGCCAGUGCCGCAGACGAAGCUCAAGAAAACCCUGAGGAUGAAGCCAAAACUGAAGACGAAGAUACAGUUAUGCGAAAUGCAAAGCCUAGAAUCCGUGGCCCUCUAAAGAUCUUGAAAAAGGAACAAGAAAAGGCAGCUGCCGACUAUGCUACAAGGUCACUGGAGCAGCGGUAUGCUGCUGAUAAUGACUAUAUUGGUUUCAAGCGCCUUUGGUGGGAUGCUGUGCACAGUGUAGAUGGCAAGCCACUGCCCGACGCUUCUAGAUGGUUUGCCGGUAAUAAUGUUGACGGCAAUGACGACGAAGACGAUGAGGAAGAAGAUUUGGUUAUUGCCGAGGAACACAUCAGUAUAUACUGCCCGUUGUCUAUGGUUGUCAUGGAAGAGCCUUAUACCAGUAGUGUUUGCAAGCACACCUUUAAUAAACCGGCCAUCGUACAGUUUCUCCGCUCACAACCAAGCCACAAAGCCCAGUGUCCGCAAACCGGUUGUAGCAAGGAGAUAUCAAUCAAAGACUUCUACGAUGAUCAAGUCAUGCUCCGCAGAAUUCAACGCGCGCAAGCCGAAAAAGAAAGACGAGAUGUGGAUGAUGAGGAUGACGAUGGAGUCGACGUGGAUGGCGACUCAUCGAUGCUCGACCCACGUAACGUCAAGGCUGAGCGUGCUAGGGAUCGGGGAAGCCAACUGCUCGCAAGCUUAGGGGUUAACCCAGACGAGGACGAUGACAAGUUUACCGAUGAGUAG